CUUAAUAAAAUUAAAGAUGCUGCCAUGCAUGGAGCUAUAAAUACAUGGAGCUCCCAGUCCCAGCUUUGAUAGUUUCAUUGCAGGACAGUCUAAAGUUUCCAGAGAUCAGAAAGAUAAAGAGAAGGCCAGAGAGAUCUAGAGACCAGAUAUGGGAGCCCAUGAUCAGCAGCAAGCUGAGAGUGAAGUAGUUCCAGCAGUUGGAGGGAGUAACGUCCGCAUCGCAGCCGCUCAUGAUUUGGAGGGAGAGAAUGUACUCCCUCCAUUCGUCGAUCAUGAUAUCAAACAACUCGAUCAUGAUUAUCAUGAAGACCCUAAUCACCAGAAACCGGGAUGGAGAAAGUUCAUAGCACAUGUAGGUCCUGGAUUCCUUGUUUCUUUAGCUUACCUUGACCCCGGCAAUUUGGAAACUGAUCUGCAAGCAGGAGCAAGUCACAGAUAUGAGCUACUGUGGGUUGUACUCAUUGGAUUGAUCUUUGCGCUCAUAAUCCAAUCUUUGGCUGCAAAUCUUGGAGUCAGCACUGGAAAACAUCUUUCAGAGUUAUGCAAGGCUGAGUACCCCAAAUAUGUGAAGUAUUGCCUAUGGUUGCUAGCUGAGCUUGCUGUCAUAGCAGCUGACAUACCCGAAGUGAUCGGGACAGCCUUUGGACUAAAAAUAUUGUUUCAUAUUCCGUUAUGGGCUGGAGUUUUGUUCACUGGUUUGAGCACUCUCUUACUUCUUGGCCUGCAGAGAUACGGGGUUAGGAAGCUGGAAUUGCUGAUAGCUGUGCUGGUGUUCGUGAUGGCUGCUUGUUUCUUUGCGGAAUUGAGUUACGUGAAGCCUCCAGCAGCUGAUGUGCUAAAAGGAUUGUUUAUACCAAAGCUCAAGGGUCAAGGAGCCACUGGCGAUGCCAUCGCCCUCUUGGGUGCCCUUGUCAUGCCGCACAAUCUCUUCCUCCACUCGGCUCUUGUCUUGUCCAGAAAAAUACCCACUUCUGUUCGUGGAAUCAAUGAUGCAUGUCGAUAUUUCUUGAUAGAGAGUGGAUUCGCAUUGUUUGUGGCAUUUCUAAUAAAUGUUGCAGUUGUUUCUGUAUCUGGUGCUGUUUGCUCAGACAAUAGCCUCACAGAUGAUGAUUCAGAUCGUUGCAGUGAUCUUAACCUUAACUCUGCAUCUUUCCUUCUCAAGAAUGUGUUGGGUCGGUCAAGCUCAACCAUUUAUGCCAUUGCAUUACUGGCUUCAGGACAAAGCUCCACCAUCACAGGCACUUACGCAGGGCAAUUCAUCAUGCAGGGGUUUUUGGAUCUCAAGAUGAAAACGUGGGCUAGGAACUUGAUGACUAGGUGCAUUGCCAUUACACCUAGUCUUGUUGUUUCCAUUAUUGGUGGAUCUUCAGGUGCAGGCAGACUGAUCAUCAUCGCAUCGAUGAUACUCUCAUUUGAACUUCCAUUUGCUCUAAUCCCUCUCCUUAAAUUCAGUAGCAGUACCACCAAGAUGGGACCACACAAGAAUUCAACCUAUGUUAUUGUGAUCUCGUGGAUCCUAGGCGUGGGCCUAAUUGGCAUCAACAUAUACUACUUGAGCACGGGCUUCGUGGAUUGGCUAAUUCACAACAGUUUACCCAAGGUUGCAAAUGUGUUCGUGGGGAUCUUAGUGUUUCCCCUAAUGGUCGUCUACAUCCUUGCAGUGAUCUACCUAACCUUCCGAAAAGAUGCUGUUGUAACAUUCAUAGACCCCACAAAGGAUGACCCAGCAGCCCAAAACAAUAUGGAACAUGGGCGAGGUGGCGCUGAUCGGCCAGGACAAGUGGACGGCAUCCCUUACAGAGAGGACGUGGCUGAUAUCCCGUUUCCGGAAUAGAGGAGGGGGUUUCAAGAUCAAAUGCUUCACCUUCGUCUAACCUAGGGAGCUCCAUAAUUUAUGUUAAUAACUUUCUGAAGGAGUUAUAUAGGGCUUCCUCGGCAUUAUUUGAAGCUUCUUCGAGUUCUUCUAAAGCUUUAUUCCUACAAGGAGAAGAAAAUAAAACUUUGCCCAGGUCCCCUAUAUAUAUAUAUAUAUAUAUAGACACACACAUAU